GGCUGGACGACUAACUUGAUCUUUUGUUACUGUUUCAGGAGUUAGCACAGUGUACCCAAAUAACAGUUCUUGAAUUUGAUUCGGAAAUGAUCUGUAGUUAUGUAAUAUUUUGAAGGAAAAACAAAACAAAAAACAUUCGAUCGCACACUUAAUUCGUGUAAAAUGAUUAUUAACAAUAUUACAGAGAAUGGAACGGAUUCGGACACGUUUUCUACGGCUGUAGUUAUCGAAUCAAUUUGUAGUUGCAGUCUUUCAAUAAUUGGAUCUUUUGUUAUUUUCGGAACAUAUAUAUUUAUCCCGGAUAUACGAAACUCAACAAGGAAGCUGGUCACAUUCCUGACUGCAGCGGACCUUAUGACGGCACUUGGAAUCAUCACUUCGGCCUUGGCACAUUUGGCUGGAACUCAGAAAACGGUAUGCACCCCACAGAGUCUCAUAACUACAUAUUCCAGCGUAGUUUCGUUUAAUCUAACGGUUGCCAUAGCAAUCCAUAUAUUCGCUACCGUUGUGUACAGAACGGACAAAACUUCAUCACGGAUGUUCCUGCUUUGGGCUAACAUCAUCAGUUGGUUUAUUCCUGGAAUAGUCGUAGGAGCUGCUGGUGCAAAUAAUGUUCUUGGAAGAGACAGAACAGAAAGUGUUGGUACUGCUCCAUGGUGUUGGAUUAAGCGUGAUAACAAUAAUUAUGCACUUUGGAUGUUUCUCACUGGAAAAGGAUGGGAGUUCCUGUGCUAUCUCAUAACAACUACGCUGUAUGUUCUAUUGAAAUUUUAUCUGGUAAGGGAGAUCAUUGCGUAUAAAACAAACAUGAAUCAUAACGAUUACGACUCUUACAGAACAGCUGUUUGGAUGUCAACUUGCAGCUGUAUCUUGUCGAUACUCGGUUCUUUUGCAAUCUUUGGAUCAUAUAUAUUCAUACCGGAUAUACGGAACUAUUCCAGAAAGCUUGUCACGUGCCUGACUGUUGCAGACUUCUUGACAGCACUUGGAUAUCUUAUAUCUGCUUUGGCAUAUUUUAAGGGCACAACCGGAAAAGUAUGCACCGCCCAGAGUGUGAUAACAACAUAUUCAAGUCUUGUUUCAUUUUAUCUAACCGUCUUCAUAGCAAUCCACAUAUUUGCCACCGUAGUGUACAGACAGAACACAACUUCAUCGUGGAAAUUUCUACUUUGGGCUAACAUUAUAAGCUGGUUUAUUCCAGGGAUAAUAGUUGGAGUAGCUGAUAAAUAUCAAGUUCUUGGCAGUAAUGAAAAUUUUAAGACUAUAACGGAUCCAAGCAACGCAACUGUAGGCACAGGACCUUGGUGUUGGUUGAAGCUUCAAGACAAUCAGUAUCGGUAUAUUAUGUGGAUGUUCCUGACAGGAAAGGGAUGGGAAUUCUUAUGCUAUCUGAUAACUACAUCUCUCUACGUUCUUCUGAAAUUUUAUCUCUACUUGCGUUACAAGCGACACACGUUUACGGACAUACAUCAAUGUCUAAGAGAAGAUGAUCAAAACUAUCUUUAUGUUUGGUUUGUCCUCUACGUCCUACGGAUUUGGGGGUCGUUGCGAGCCAUUAUGCACAUUGCUUGUAAUGAAUGUAAAGCUAUAUCUGACAUAUUCAUGUACAUGCAAGCUGUGGGCGACCCGGGUCAGGCAUUUUGUAACUUUAUACUGUUUUGUUUUCUUGACGGAACUGUUAGGUCUUCUUUUUUCAAAUCAUGUUGUGGCUCGCCCCACAGUCCAGCCUCACAAAGGGAGAGGGAGCGAUUAAUUACAGGGAGUCAUAACUACGAUGUACAUAUAAAUGAACAUGAAGAGACGGACAGUGAAGGACAUGAACACUUUCUAGAACCAUCUGGAAAUUACUCCAGUUUUGCCACAAGCCAGCAAGACAGAUCCACUCAACGAGUCCAAGAGACAUGCGAUAGUAGUCCGAAAAACGUUUCCGUGCAAUCAAGAUGUUCUGCCAGCUCAGGUGCGAACAAAACCUCUGGUCUGGCGCACUUUGCAAACACACAAGACAAGGUAUGCUUUAUAACUGCAUAUUCCAGUAUUGUUUCGUUUAAUCUAACGGUUUUCCUAGCAAUCCAUAUAUUCACCACUGUUGUGUACAGAACUGACAAAACUUCAACACGGACGUUCCUGCUUUGGGCUAACAUUAUCAGUUGGUUUAUUCCAGCAAUAAUUAUAGCAGUAGCUGGUGUAAAUGGUGUUCUUGGUAGAGACACUGAAGAAAGUAUGGGUACUGGUCCAUGGUGUUGGAUUAAGCGUCAGCACAAAUAUUACAUAUUCUGGGUAUUUUUGGCGGGAAAAGGAUGGGAAUUUUUAUGCUAUCUUAUAACUACUUCUCUAUACGUGCUUCUGAAGUUUAAUAUGUUCCUACGACACAGACAUGAAACGUUCGCAGACAUACAUGAAAGCCUAAGAGAGGAUGAUAAAAAUUACCUAUAUGUUUGGUUUGUUCUCUACAUUCUACGACUUUGGGGUUCCGUGCGGUUAAUGAUGGACAUCGCGCAUGCAGAUACAGAAAACGCAGGAGAAGAAAUAUCUAAAAUAUUCAUGUACAUGCAGGCUGUUGGCGAUCCUGGUCAGGCAUUUUGUAAUUGUAUACUCUUUUGUUUUCUUGACGGAACUGUUAGGUCUCAUAUACUGGAUGCCUGCCGUGGAACGCCUCAACAUCUGGUCUUAAAUGAUGAGCGGGAGAGACUAAUUGCAGCAGACGAGACAAACCAUGGACCUGACGAUGGAUCACCAGCUUCUUGUAUUGGAAAUUAUAGCGACUUUACACAAUCUAUAAGACUGUCAGGAAAGUAUUCAAGCUUUGAUGCAACCAGGCAUGAAAGUUUUUCUCUUAAGAAUACGAGCAGAAGUAAAGUUUCGAAAAAGUUAUCAGUCCAAUAAAAAGUCACUGUUGUCCGUUUAUUUAUCUGCAUCCAAAUUUAAGACAGAAAUGAUUAAAAUCACGAAAUAAUAAAUACUUUAAAAUAUUUGCAACUUGAAUUAAAUAUGUUUAUAAUGUCCAUAUAAUACAAUUAUUGCACUUUAGGAAGUAGUAUACCCUGUUACUAGGGUACAUUCAAAUUAGUUGAAAUGUAGUAAUUUUUUUUUGUAUUUCGCGUAAUUUAAUAUUUUAGUUGUUACAAUCUCAAGUUCGAUUAUCUCUGUCCCUUCAAGAACGAACAUUUUUUUAUCCUGAUUUGAUGUACAUGACCCGCCAAAGGUAUUUUAUAUUGAAAGAAGAAGGAAAGUACGGAUAUUUACCACUUGUCAGUGUAAUCUGGUUUCACUGUUACACGUAGAAGUUUGCUUAGUUGAUAUUUUACUAGUAUGCGCGUUAGCUUUCUAAUACAAGCUUAAAAUGCAUAUGUCGCGGGGCCUGUGUUUCCAUUGUAACGCAUUUGUUCUCAUUUUUUAACAACUAUGUAUGAUAUCGGGUUUUUCGAUGGCUUCAGUGCCAAUCUGUUAAUGAUCAACAUGGCAUAUUAGAGUAAUAUUAUUAGCAGAAUACAAAACACUUUACAUGAUACCCUAUUUAUCUUAACGUUUAAAGUAACCAUGGCAACAGAUAUGUUUAAAAUAUCUUAUAUCUUGCUUUUUAUCGCAAUUUCUUAGAAAAAGUAAGUAAUAUGUUCGUAUUAUUUGCAUUUAUUUAAACAAAUUUCAAAGCUUAGAAUACUUACAGAAGUCUGACAUUGUUAAGGAAAAAUCAUUGUGCUUGCAAUUAUUAUUCUCAUGGCUAGUGUUGAAAUACAGAUAAAAAGCUGAAGCUGUGUUUCUUAAAUAGACCGUUGUCAACGCCUUUGUAUUUCACAUUUUGCUAUGUAGGUUACGGGAUUCGUUUCUAUGGUAACAUUGAUUUAAUUCAAGAAAUCACUAUUUUCUACUGAAUUUUUUUUGAACAAUUUCAGAGCAUAGUUUUAGUAUAUAAGUACCAAAUUAUCAGUGGAUACAGAAAAAUAGGUAUUACAAAUCAAACUGUCCAAUUUUUAUUUGAAAAUGGCUGCCGUAAAAGUAACCUUUCACCCAACUAUAUACCAAAUAACAUCAGUCUUACAUUCCGAAUAACUUUUCAAUAUAACUACAUAAUAGUCUGCCUAUAUAUCCAAAAAAGAGGCCUAGAAAUUGCCUUUGAUGGCAUUUUUUGUUAAUGCCCGACAGCCAUGUUCAUUGUUUACUUAAUUAAAAUUGGAAAAAUUUCAGGGGGGCUGUCGCCUUCUAAGGGUCAUAGUAAGGUCACAGCACAAGGUCAAAGGUCAGUAAGUGCAUUUUUGUGAUAAACGUCAGAUUUUCAUCAUUUCUGCUACCUUCUAACAGAGAUUUUCAGCUUACUUCGAUGCUUACUGCGGACCCCGGACUGGGAACUUACUACAGGGGUUUUCUCAAACUGUUUGUAAGUUUGUUUGUUUUGUUUCUUUGCAAAACUGAACAGCGGCGUAUUUAGCAUCCGGUUCUAAUGCCGUAAUACUGUUUCUAUUUAAAAUAUCCGAGAAAAGAUAGUUAUAAGAUUUAAAAUCCAUUGCAUUGCAUUUAUGAAUUACAGAUAUACAUGUAUUUUGUCUUACAAGCAUUCGUAACAGUGUGGGCGCAUUUUUAUAAAAAAAUAUCCUUUUACCUUUUAUACCUUUUUUAUUAACGUAUCUAUUAUACUCAGAUCUUUCGACAUCGCAAACUUAUUCCUUUUUAUCUGAAGUGUAGCAACUUAUUUAAAUGCUUGUCAAUUUCGUGAGGAUCUAGCCAGUAUUCGCUAGCUGUUAAUUCAACGAUCAACAUACCUUUUAAUCAAGGAUUUAAACCAAUGACCACCUGGUAAGGAGACAGACACUCUUCCCCUUCCCCUGUGCCUCAAGAGGUUCGCCUAUUUAAGACCAGGGAAUCAAAACAACAGUAUGUUACAAUUUAGUUGAAUAUUUGGUAUCAAAGAAUGUAUAUAGUGAUUUUGGAAACAUGGUUUCGUACUAAUGCACUCGGGUUGCUGAAAUGCUAUUGUACGACGCACAAUUUUGAAAAUGCACGAUACGAUGCGUGACAGUUAAAUGCACCGCGGUAAAAUGUCUUACUUGGUAUUAUACAUAUAUAUUCUGAACUAUUUCAAACCCUACAAAGUCAUUUUUAUACGGUACGGAAUUCAUUCAGUUUUCCCGGUCACGUUAUCUUAUCAGGAUAAAUUAUUAAACCAAUAUAUACCGUGAGUUUUCAUGAAUUUAAAUAUUUGUCCAAGUUCCCUAAAACCGAGUAUCUACACAUACCAUGUGUAUGCAUGUGUUCGAAAAGGUACAGGACCAAAAAGCUUUGUCAAUGAUAAAGGCUCGUCUCGACUACUAAGCUGGUUGUAUCAAAUGACCACACCGAAUUGUUCAAAUGGUGUCAAAAAUAUAAUUUCGUUGACAAUUCUAUGCAUGCACUCAGGCCAUAAAACAUUUUUGGAAUAUAAUCGGAAUUUGACCUUGAACGCGUCCCAUGCCUAAUGUUCACAAAACAAUUUUCGGUCUCCGCUGGGUUUUAGAUUGGCAUUUUGACUGCCAGUUUUAAUGGUACUUAAAGAUUAAAUUCCAGCUGAGAAUGAUAAUUCAUACUGAGUAGUCACUUUAAGAUAGUAAAUUUAAAACAACUUUUAACAUGCAAUUCUGUUAUCAGAUUAUGAAAAUAUGAAGUGGCUAUUUCCUUUUUGAUCUCCAAACAUGCUGAUACAUAACUAAUUCAGGAUAUUUUAGCUUAAAUAUUGUAAUGUAUCGGAUCUCGUUUUGACGGGGUUGAAAGAUACAUGUAUGAGAACUUUCAGUAUGUUAAGACAAAGUGUUGAAAUAAAUCAUUCAAGAUAUUUCAGUAAAACUUCUAUUUUAUCGAACAUUAGAUACAUUAUCAAAAUUAAUGAAAAUCAAUGACCUUUUUCGUACAGAAUUCUACUAGAACACGGUAUAUAUACUAUACAACAAAAAAUAAACGGACUUUAAUUUCAUUCGGGAUGUUUUAUUAUUUUUAUCAAUAAUAUUUUGUACUUCGUUUAUUUUAUUAUGUUGCUAGGAAAAAGACUAGUCUAGGAAUUGUAUGGACGGACACAUAUCAAAUUCAGGAAUCGCCGUUAUCUUCAAAUCCAUGUCUCAAAUUGUAUUAUUAAUGCAUGAACAUAUUAAGGUAAAUUAUUAUCGUAGUAAAGUGGGUUCGAAACUUCACAUGUCAUAUCGUUCGAUUCGCACGGAGGUUAAGUAACGCCAGAAAAGUCCCAAGAUAUAAAAAAAAAUAAUGUUAAAUCAUACGGAUAAUUGAAUAAACAUGCUUAACGCAAGUAAAAUGUGACAGCGUAUUUAGAUGACAUCAGAAUAUUGCGUUAUGUGUUUUAAAUGUAGCCUGUUCACUAUCCAUAUAUUUUCAAACGUAUGUAUUGUAUAACAGCAGAUAAUCUCAAAAUACACUAAUUUGUACAAUGAAGGCAAAAGUUACAACACAUAUAGGUAAAAGAAACAUAUAUACCAUAAGUAUGUUUUCUGUUUUGCGAACCUUUAAAUAUUUUGAGAAAACCCCUACUGUAAGUACGCAGUCCGCUGUCCGCAGUCCGUGUCGAAGUAAAUUGAAAACCUCUAUUAAUAUAAACCUGUUAUUGUUCGGUGAUAAUUAUGAAUUUGAGAAGUAAAAUAAAUUACUUUAAAUAGAUUUAUUGCAUUUGAGACUGGCAAAAUUAAAAACGACUAAAGUUAUUUCUAUAGAAUGAGCUUAACUUUUCAUACGCUUUGCUAUUUUGUUCAUUUGUGAAAGAUAUCUUUCUCAUGUUUCUAAAAUUUCCGUUUUCAGGCUAACAAUUUCCAUAAAUGCUGGUUGAGUACCUAUAUGAUUGUCUGUAUGAACACAACAGGUAGAAAGUUCUAUGGCGCGUAUUUUAUAAAGAUUAGUACAGUCAAACUUAAGGGGCAUCCGUGACCGAGUGGUUGAGGUCGCUGACUUUAAAUCAGUUGCCCCUCACCGAUAUGGGUUCGAGCCUCACUCGGGGCGUUGAAUUCUUCAUGUGAGGAAGCCAUCCAGCUGGCUUACGGAAGGUCGGUGGUUCUACCCAGGUACCCGCUCAUGAUGAAAUAAUGCAUGGAGGGGCACCUGGGGUCUUCCUCUAUCAUCAAAGCUGGAAAAUUGCCGUAUGACCUAUAAUUGUGUCGGUGACGUCAAACCUAACAAUAAAACUCCGUUUGCUCGAAUUCGGAUUAUCCAAUUACUACUUUUGACUCGAACUCAGCUGCAGGUCUGUAUAAUGUAUACGUUGGCUUGUACUACUGAUAUCUCGAACACAUUUUGCUAGUCCCGUCGAGCUCUAGCAAACAUGGUUUGACUGUACUAACCGUUGCCAGAUCUAAAGACUCGGUUAGAUUAAGUCUAUUUGUGGGAUAGUUUGCAUUGUGCAAAUUCUCUCAAGCAUUAUCUCAAAUGGUCUAUGCUGUCAAUCAAGACUCUAUUCCAAUGGUUUACGCAUGUGCUGUAGCAAUUUUAUGAAUGUGUGGGCGUUCAGAAAUACUAUCUAUGAAUAAAAAUCAAGCGAUAGUUAAUCAAAAUGUAAAUAUAGAUAUAAGAUAACUGUAAAUGUUAUGUGUGUGUGUGUAUAGUUUUGAAUCAGCUAAAAAUUAUUUUGCACAUGAACAUUAGGCUUUUGUCAGAACUGGUAGCCGCUCUUCAAUUGUUUACAGUAUCUACAAUUUUGUAACUAUUUGUUUAUGUUGGUCCUAUAGAUGUAAUAACUUCAAAAAGGCUUGACCUGACAGGAAGUGAGGGUGUAGAAGCAAAGCCAAAGAUAAUAAGGAUCGAAACAGAAAUAGCGUGCUGAAUUGUCAGAAAAAAAGAUGCAGAUACCGCAUUAAGAGCUUCGGUGAUAGUUCUUGAAAUGUGUUACAUAAUUACAAAUACAUAAAGUAUGAUAAUAAAAGCCUGACCGAUAGUGAAAAAAGAACAAAAUUACAGCAAAUCAAGAAAAUAAUGUAUAAAUUAACUAGUUGAAAUCCUACAGAUCUGUUCUUUUCUGUUUAUUACCGUACAUAUACUGUGUAUACCUAUGAUGUGACCAAUAUUCAGAUAUUCCUCUGACAUGAUCCUAUUUAAGCAUCACCGCGAGCAUCACCGCACGGACAAAUUAACAUAAAUAUAAAAUCAUAUUAUAAAUCAUCACCUGAUUUGAAAUAAUUUCUUUAGGAGCUGAAGAAGCAUCUCAUAUAAAACUAUUAUAAAAAUGUUACUUUCAACAGUAUUUCAGUCAUUUUACGGCAGUAAAUUAACCUAAUCAGUGCUUCAGGGCCUCUACAAGUAGUAGCCUUUCCCCGCAAGUAACUGCCAACUCCUCCAGAACGAAAUUACUUCUGACAAUGUCUAUUAUCAAAUAGUCAUGGAGAACAUACACCUCUCCCGGGGAUCUAACUCACGACCUCGCGAUCCUUAGGUAUGCGCUCUCCUUAUUGAGCUAAAAAAACUUGGUUGUAUACAUGACAUUAAAGAGAUUUUAACUUUUUACGUGAAAAUUUUUAUACAUUUAAAUGUAAGUCUUUUUCCGCUCUAGUCUUCUUCCUUAAAACCUGUCAUAUUUUCUCUUUCACGCACAUUUCUCAAAAUGUGUACAAUACAUGUAUUCUUUUUAUAGCUGAUACCUUAAAUAACUAAGAAGUCAUUUUUAAAAUUUCAGUUUUGACCUUGACAUGUCUGUGACCUUGAAAUUAUAUUGAAAUAUCCCUUUGAUACGACAGUACCAAAAAUAUUUCUGUAGUUGAUCCACAUAUAAAGAUUAGCAAACAUGUAAAGUAUAACAUACUUUACCAUCGUAUGCCACUUUUCCCAGAUAUAUAUUAUUCUAUAUAAUAUAAUAUAUAUCACAAAUGUGUAUAUAUACUUUUAAAAUUAUCAUCAGUUUUAUAAAAUACUAAAGGGCGUCUAGCCACAAUAUUUAAACCAAUUAAAUUGGUAUAUGAAAAUAAAAUGAGUGCAAAAUGGUAUUGUGUAUUUGUAAAUGCACCCAUUUGACCUUUGACCCAAUUAUACAGUAAAGAAGAAUCCUAGAAGGCGACAGCCCUUUUUAAAUUUCAUGUUUUAUCCUAAGGAACACUUUUAUACUAAUAUACGAGCAUUAACAAAAAAUGCCAUCAGAAGUCACAUUUUCUCAAGAUAUUGGUAGACUAUAAAAGCCGCAAAAUGUUGAACAUUUUUCAAAGCGAAAGACUCAUAAAAAUAUUUCAGCAAAUGGUGGCUGUUAAAAAAAGUUCAAAUAAAAGAAAUUGCUCAGAAUUACGUACAUUCAAAGUAAAAGCUAUUAAUUUUGCGCGGUAACUGACACGUAACGUCAUGACGUCGAUGACGUCAUUUUAAGGCAACAAUGUUUUGUAACGUUUCUGUAUUUAUCAAUCGAUUAAGCAUCAGAUCAGGGACAGGAUAAUGAUUUUUUUCCAAAGGAAUAAAUAUACAAACACAUUAAAAUUGUCGUAAACCUUGUCGUAAAUCGUCACGUUAGCUUCCGGUUGGGCAUGCGCACAUACAAAUGUUAAGGUAACCUAUCUCCUUAAUUUGACAACAGAAUGUUUUACACGUUAUAUUAAAUAUUAUACAGUUGUUGGCUCGUGAAUCAAUGAGUAUGAUGAAAUAUUCACUAGAAGGACGAACAAUAAAUAAUGCACAUACAGACUCAAGCUUAUAUUCUCCUUUUUUUUAGGGUAGAGAUAUUUGUAAUUUAAAUAAUUUGAAGAUUUGUAGAAUAAAAUACUGCAAGCUUAAACGACGGAAUUAACGAAUAUUCAAAGUAUUCCAGUAAUUGAAUAGCUUGCCGGUCAUUGGUAAAAUCUAUCGAUCGAGGUCUGAAGGUUAUUAAUUCUCACAGUUUUAUUUUAAAAUUUUUGACAUAAAAGCCCAGUAAACAUUGAAUACACAGCGGUUAUAUAGCCCGUACUACGGACCGGCUAUUUAUAUAAGGAGUCAUGCAAUGAUUUUUAAUGAAUUACAGCGUAAGUGAAUAAUAUUAUAAUAUAAUAUAUUUAUGUACAUGUAGUAUAAUUGAAUAUUUGCCAGUGCUGUGUUUAUAUAUGUACAUUUCUUUCAUUGUAUGCGAAUUGUAUUCAUGUUUCUCGUCUCAUAGUGGAAUAGUGGAAUAAAAGAUAAUCUAUCUA